AUGAAUAUAUCUAUAUAUCUAUUAGACUAUCUUAGCACCUCUCUUUUCAUAAAAUCUGUUUUUCUUCUUUCUCACUUUUUAUCUUUCUAUUCGUUUUUUUCCUCUUCAUACGCCUCUCUUUUCAUAACAUCUAUUUCUCUUCCUUCUUGCCCUUUACAUUUGUCAUCCUUUUUCCUCUUUAUACCCCCCUCUUUUCAUAACAUCUUUUUCUCUCACUUCUUGCCCUUUACCUUUCUCUUCGUUUUUUCCUCUUCAUACGCCUCUCUUUUCAUAACAUCUAUUUCUCUUCCUUCUUGCCCUUUACAUUUGUCAUCCUUUUUCCUCUUCAUACGCCUCUCUUUUCAUAACAUCUAUUUCUCUUCCUUCUUGCCAUUUACCUUUCUCUUCGUUUUUUCCUCUUCAUACGCCUCUCUUUUCAUAACAUCUAUUUCUCUUCCUUCUUGCCCUUUACAUUUGUCAUCCUUUUUCCUCUUUAUACCCCCCUCUUUUCAUAAUAUCUUUUUCUCUCCCUUCUUGCCCUUUACCUUUCUCUUCGUUUUUUCCUCUUCAUACGCCUCUCUUUUCAUAACAUCUAUUUCUCUUCCUUCUUGCCCUUUACCUUUCUCUUCGUUUUUUCCUCUUCAUACGCCUCUCUUUUCAUAA